AUGGACUGGGAUGAGAUUGAGAUGGACUGGGAGGGAGUGGGAUCGACUGACAUCCCCCCAUCCCCAGGGAACAUCCCAGCCAGCCACCCCCUGCUGGUCCGGCACGCCGAGCACGGGGGGCUGGGGCUGGGGGCUGGCCCGGGGGGCACCCGGCUGGCCCAGGGGCUGGGCAGGAGCCAACGAACCCUGCGGCAACUCACGGCCAACGCUGGCCACACCAUCCACGUGCAUUACCCCGGGGCACGGCAGCCCAACCCGCCCCUCAUCCUGCAGAGGCUGCUGGGCCCCUCGGCGGCCGCGGACAUCCUGCAGUUGAGCAGCAGCCUGCCGCUGCAGAGCCGGGGCCGGGCGCGGCUCCUGGUGGGCAAUGAGGACGUUCACAUCAUCGCCCGCUCCGACGAUGAACUCCUCGAUGAUUUCUUCCACGAGCAGGGCAGCGCGGGCAGCCAGGCAGGGACCCUGUCCAGCAUCCCCACGGCCCUGACCCGCUGGACCGAGGAGUGCAAGGUCCUGGACGCCGAGAGCAUGCACGACUGCGUGUCGGUGGUGAAGGUGCCCAUCCUGGGUAUCCAGGUGCCCAUCCUGGGUGUCCAGGUGCCCAUCCUGGGUGUCCAGGUGCCCAUCCUGGGGUCCCUCACCCCCCAAAUUCGCCUCCCCAGUGGUGAAGUGGUGAAGGUGCCCAUCCUGGGUGUCCAGGUGCCCAUCCUGGGUAUCAAGGUGCCCAUCCUGGGGUCCCUCACCCCCCAAAUUCGCCCCCCCAGUGGUGAAGGUGCCCAUCCUGGGUCCCCCCCGGGCUCCUCCUCGGACAGUUCCUCCACCCGGGGCUCGGCCGGGGCCGUGUCGGGCUCGGACUCGCGGGGGAUCCUGGAGGAGCCGCUGCCAUCCACGAGCAGCGAGGAGGACGAUCCGCUGGCCGGUAUCUCUGUCCCUGUCCCCAAUCUCUGUCCCCGUGUCCCCAAUCUCUGUCCCCGUGUCCCCAUAUCUCUGUCUCUGUCCCCUAUCUCUGUCCCCAUGUCCCCAAUCUCUGUCCCCAAUCUCUGUCCCCAUGUCCCCAAUCUCUGUCCCCGUGUCCCCUCUCUGUCCCCAAUCUCUGUCCCCAUGUCCCCUCUCUGUCGCCGUCCCCAGGUGCUGGCCCAGCAGCGCGCGGAGCAGCAGCGCCGGGAGCUGGCUCAGGCCACGGGCUCGGACGCUCCCAUGGACCCGGUGACGUUCAUCCAGACGCUGCCAUCGGAGCUGCGGCGCUCGGUGCUGGAGGACAUGGAGGACUCGGUGCUGGCCGUGAUGCCGCCGGACAUCGCGGCCGAGGCGCAGGCGCUGCGGCGGGAGCAGGAGGCGCGGCAGCGGCAGCUGAUGCACGAGCGGCUCUUCGGCCACUCCAGCACGUCGGCGCUGUCGGCGAUCCUGCGCAGCCCCGCGUUCACCAGCCGGCUCAGCGGGAACCGCGGCGUUCAGUACACGCGGCUGGCGGUGCAGAGGGGGGGCACCUUCCACAUGGGGGGCACCGGCACCCACAGCAGGCUGGACCACGAGGCUCUGUCGUGCCUGCUGGUGCUGCUCUUCGUGGACGAGCCCAAGCUGAACACGAGCCGCCUGCACCGCGUCCUGCGCAACCUCUGCUACCACGCUCCCACUCGGGGCUGGGUGGUCCGCAGCCUCCUGUCCAUCCUGCAGCGCUCCAGCGAGAGCGAGCUGUGCCUCGAGACCCCCCGCGGCACCCCCGAGGAGCGACCCCGUGGCCGCGGCGGUGCCGCCGCCGCCGCCGGUUCCGGUGCCGGUACCGGUGCCGGCGCCGCCCGCGCCGGUCCGGGCUCUGCCGCCGAACCCCCCCGCGGGCUGGACCUGCUGCACCGCAUGGAGUCGAGGAGUUCGGGGCAGUUGUCGUGGCUCUCCGUGUCCAUGGACGCGGCUCUGGGCUGCAGGACGAACAUUUUCCAGAUCCAGCGGGCGCCCGGGCGCAAGCACACCGAGAAACACGCGGCGGCCGCCGGCUCCGCCGUGCACAUCCACCCCCAGGCCGCGCCCGUGGUGUGCCGGCACGUCCUGGACACCCUCAUCCAGCUGGCCAAG